AUGCGAAGUCCUCGUCCCCUCCCGACCCGAGACACAAUUUCACUUCUUCCUCUUGCCACCGGCUUUCUCAGACCAACAGGCCUGUUUCGUUUGCCUUUGCCCACCGCCAUUUCCACUCCGUCGCGACAGACAAUCGGUCAGCUAAGCCGAGGAGGUUCGAGUCCUGUCGGAGAUCUCUAUCCGAGGCGAACGGAGGUACAAGGGCGCAGGAAGCAGAUCUCCUCGAGCGUGUGUGUAGCGCAGACUGGCACCGUGUCCGAGAAUGUCAAGGCGGAGGAUCUCGGCGACGGGAUUCACAGCCUUGCCUCCUCUCGCUCCUUGCAGGAGGCUAGCGAUGGUGACCUCUGGGAAACCCACUCGGCCGGUGAACUGUGGACACGCCUCGGAGAGGGUCUGACGUUUCGAGCCCAGCCGAGGCCGAGCGAGGCAACAGCAAUUGGAGUACACGAAGCUGUUGGAUCCGGGAGCAACCAGCAGCUGUUUCCACGAGCGCAAGAGCUACCUGCAUAG